CACUGUUUGGCUAUUUUACAACCAACUGAAGAGGAGGAACUUCAAGCGACAAAGCGGCCGACUGGACCGAGGGAUUCGACGGAAGACCAAGUCAACGACGCCUCUUUCGCCGCUAACCCGCCACCGCGCCCCGCCUCUCCAAGACCAGGACUCCACCGCGCCCCUUACUGCCUCGGACCUCGAUAUUUGGGUCUCUAAUUUGUCAGGGCCGGCCUUGUUGCCAGGUAGCGGUACCUAUCAUCAGCGGCCUACAAAGCACACCCCCAUGGCCUCCGCUACACCUCCGCCGCCGCCGCCGCAUUCUACCUUCACCAGCGGCCUUCAAAGCACUAGGAAACCUCUAGGUUUAUUCGCCAAUGCUAAGAAGAGAAAACACAGCUUUGUUCAAUUUUUCGCGAUGACUGGAAUUCUGCUGUUGAGCGUCCGCUCUCUGGGACAGAAAUACCGAAUCAACGAUCUCCAAGAGGACAUGGCAGGGCUGAAAGAAGAGGGAGAUGGCCUCAGUAAACGAAUGGAUCGCAUCAAGCAAAGCCUUUUAGCCGAGGCUGCUGCCGAUCGCACCGGCCUCUUCGCUUCACGGCUUCGCCUUCUCUUCGCCAAAGACAAGAAAGACUAGCCUAGUCUUACUAGCUUGCAAUAUUUUCUACCGGUUUUUCCUUCCGUGCAUAUCGAUGGUCCUGAAUCACAACAUGUUUUCAAUUUGGAAUUUAUGAUAUAUUGAGAAUGAAAGAGAAAAAUAAUGUUUCAGUUUAUUCAUGUGAGGUGGCUCAAAUAUGAACUACAGCAUUCAAAUACGGAGUAGGUGUUAAUAGCUAGUUUACCAAUGCUAUUGAAACAUAACCCUUAAGCCCUAUCAAUCAAAUGUAGUAUUUAACAAGAAGUGUGAGGUUUCCAAGAAUGGUUUGAUUUUGAUAUAUAGUGGCUGAAUGAUUUGAUCUGAUAUGGGUGAUAUUAUGGAUUUCUAUCUAGUAUCAUAUUGUACUACGUAAUUGAUUCUGCUAAUGCUAAUGCAAGCUUUGUUUGUGGCUUGGGUUCAACUA